AGUACAAGGAGCGAGGGACGGUCCUGGCCGAAGACCAGCUGGACCAGAUGUCUAAGCAGCUGGACAUGUUUAAGACCAACUUAGAAGAGUUUGCCAGCAAACACAAACAAGAGAUCCGUAAAAACCCCGAGUUCCGGGUCCAGUUCCAGGAUAUGUGUGCCACAAUCGGAGUGGAUCCUUUGGCAUCUGGUAAAGGAUUCUGGUCAGAGAUGCUGGGAGUUGGAGACUUUUACUAUGAACUGGGUGUGCAGAUCAUUGAAGUUUGCCUGGCUCUGAAACACAGGAAUGGAGGCCUGAUAACACUGGAAGAACUUCACCAGCAAGUGCUGAAGGGAAGGGGGAAGUUUGCUCAGGAUGUCAGCCAGGACGAUCUCCUUCGUGCAAUCAAGAAACUGAAGGUCUUGGGGAAUGGCUUUGGGAUUAUCCCUGUUGGUGGAACAUAUCUGAUCCAGUCUGUACCAGCUGAACUGAACAUGGAUCACACUGUCGUCUUGCAGCUGGCAGAGAAAAAGGGCUAUGUAACAGUCAGUGAGAUCAGGUCCAGUCUGAAGUGGGAGACGGAACGCGCAAAGCAAGUGCUGGAACACUUGCUGAAGGAAGGAAUGGCCUGGCUGGAUACGCAGGCAGCAGGAGAACCUCAGUACUGGCUGCCUGCUCUCUUUACAGAGCUGUACUCUCAGGAAAUCACUCCAGAGGAAGCCAAGGAGGCAAUACCUUGACUGCUACGUGUUCUGUGCCUGUAUAUAAUUCUUCUUGUGAGGUUAUUUGCAUAUCACCUGAAACACAGGGACAGCGGACUUGAAAUAAAAGUUUUGUAAAAAG